AUGCCUGUAGAUCAAGAAAAAUUGGCUAAACUACACAGGCUAUCAACAGCAAACAAAGUUGGUGGGACCAGAAGGAAAAUUAAUAAAAAGGGUAAUCUAUUCAAUACGAAUGACAAGGAUGAUAGCAAGUUACAAACAGAAUUACAUAAACUACACCCAUUGACGGUUGAAAACGUUGCUGAAGCAAAUUUCUUCAAAAAGAACGGGAAAAUAUUACACUUCAGCAAUACGGUGGUUCAAAUUGCUCCUCAGUGCAACCUCACAAUGAUCCACGGUCAACCAAAAGAAAACACAAUCAAUGGCUUAUAUCCAAGCAUAGCAUCUCAAUUAGGUAGCCAAGAGCUUGAAUAUUUGAUGGAUUUGGCUCACAAGCUAGAAAGUGAACAAACAAUCCUCGAUCAACUCGUUGAGAGAGAUUCCAAAGCAAAAGAUCAAGUAAUGAACAGCUGA